GAGUUUUGCUUCUUAUAAUUUGUAUAUAUAAAAUAAUUAGAAAGGGGAAAUCCAAACUGAGUGCCCUUCCUUCCAUCCUUCUUUCCUUCCUCUGUUUGUCGCGCUCUCAGAAUUUCUGCGGGAGAUCUCUCAGAGUUCCUUAAUUUUGGUAUUCUGUCGCAAUUUAUCCAUUGGUGAAACUUCAGCUCUACUCUGUUUAAUGUUCAAAAGGGAUAACUUGAACUAUGGGUCAAAGAAACAUGCUAUGCACUAAUCAGAUUGAUCUAGAAAUGGAUAGGCAAGGCCAGGGUUAUCUACAUCCUGAGCCCUGCAUUCUCUUGGGGGGUGUAACCAACUUUGCACAACCUGAUAUUCAGACAGUGGUUACAGCUUCAGGGAAUACAAGUAAUCUUGAUUCCCGUCAUCCACCAGAGUGUUAUGACAACGCUAUUUUUUAUGGGAUGCCACAAUACCCUGGUGUUCAACAUCAUCCUCAGCAUCAUGCUCCAAAUCUUGAUUUGGGUGUUGUUGCAGCAUCCAGCUUCUAUGUUCCUUACAUGACCCCAUCUUCUGGUUUUCCUUUGAGUCAUGGGUCUUGUGAUCAUUUACCAUCUUCCACCAAUUAUGGAGUCAUCGGAGUUUCUGCUGAUGCGUUUGGAACAAACAGCCACUUCAUGGAUAAUGCCAGAGGUUCAUACAAGAGAAAGAAUGCUGAAGGCAACCCAGCGAAUUUCCAGUAUUUCAAUGCCUCAGCCAGCUCUAGUUCUUCAACUACCCCCUUAAAUACUAGACAUCCUGAUGGGAUUACUCUAAUGGAUGCUGCACCUUUCGCCCCACCUCAGUACAGAGGGAAUAGUACUUCAUCAAUCAGGGAAGUGGGAUCUCAUAGAAGUGUGAGGAACAGAUUAGGUGCUACAGGGCUGGAUCCUGUUCUGGCUCAGAAUCAAAAUCACUUUAUUCAAGGAAACCAUAUGAGUCAGCCCUUUCAGCCAUCUGGUUCUCCAUGGUUGGAUCAACAGCUGAGCAAUGCUUCCAGUGAUGCAGGAGCUUCAGCAUGGAGCCAUAACCCAGCAAUUACUUACAUGCAUGGGAACAAUUUCAGUGGGGUUGAGUCUGGAAGCAUGAGUCCGCAACGUUAUCAUGAUCUGUCUGGCAACAGAAGUAACACAAGUUUCUUGCAUCCCUCUCCUGCCAAUCUCCGACACCACAAUUUUCAUCACCUGUCACUUCCUAUUCAAGGAAUGAGACGCCACAAUCUUAAUGUUCUUCCCCCUACUUCAUUUCGAGGUCCAACAAGCUAUGUCUCGCAGACCAAUGUGAAUCCAUCUCAGGAUGGUAUGGAUAUAGGUAUUAGGCAUCCUGGACCUAUCCAGCCAACUGGCCUUAGAAUAUACAGACCUCACCGUGAGGGAUUUGUAUCUGAGACAUCUAUAAGACACCGCAAUGUUCCUCAUCUUAGAGUCUUGCCAACUGAUGGGGUAGCUCUACUAGAGUUCACUGAUUAUUAUGAAUUAGAGAAUUAUGUUGACCAUCACAGUGACAUGCGCUUGGAUAUAGAGGACAUGUCUUAUGAGGAGCUUCUUGCACUUGGGGAGAGGAUUGGCAAUGUGAGCACUGGAUUAUCAGAGGAAACAAUCAGAAGUCAAUUAAAGAUACGAACAUAUUCAUUAUCACCAAUGUCGAUCAAUCUGGAAGAGAUGGCUUGUAUGGAUCAAGAAACUGAUUCUUGCAUUAUAUGCCAGGAUGAAUACAAAGAUCAAGAGAAGAUUGGAAGUCUUGAGUGUGGACAUGAGUACCAUGCAGAUUGCUUGAAGAAGUGGUUGCAAGUGAAGAAUGUCUGCCCCAUAUGCAAAUCUGAAGCAUUGACUGCAGAAACGAAGGAUGUAUAGGAGCAGUAAUUCACCCUCCAGAAAAUAAAAAUAAAAUAAAAUAAAUAUAGGAAAGGGGUGAUGGUCUGAUAUGGUCAUUCAGAGCAUUGGUGUUUGUUCUUUGUGCUCUAAUUGGUAUUUUGGUAUGUAUUUUGUACAUUGACAUGCAGAUAAUACAAACUAACAGUCGCUGUGAAUCUUUUAUUUGUUGGUCCUGUAUUUAUCAGAAUUUGUACAGACGCACUCUUUAUGCAUUUGCAUGUUUGUAUUAUUAUCAACUCCCAGUCCCUGUUAAUAUUUUA